GUAGGUAUCGUUGCUUGCUUGCUUUCUUUACUUUGCACCGCGCGUCGUCUACAAAUUGGACUUAAAUUGAAAGAAUAUUUAUCAUAUUACAUUCAAGUUAAUAAUAUUAACUUAAUACAUAAUAAUUAAACGUAAACAACAUACAACCGUGCCAAUAAUAUGAGGAUGUGUAGAAAUAUGUGAAAGUGACAGUCGCAACAAUCGACUCAGUUUUUGUGAUUAUAAUGUUAUUUCGCACAGUUUCAAGUCCACCAAUUUGUAUGUGCUGAAAUGUUACAUUUGGGAGUUCUUUCGUGUAUCGUCGAGGACACAUGAUCCGCGAUGUUCGAGGCGGGAUAGCAAGCGCUUGCACGAUCAACAUUUAUAAUGCAACAAGAUUGUUUAGCGGACGAGUGCAAGAGUAAAAGUCUGCGGCGGAGGCCCACGAAGGUUCUGAAGAUAGCCGAGAGCUUCACGAACUUGGAUGAGACUGCGAAGGCGGGCCGUUUCGUGAGGGGGCCUAACUGGCGAAGGCGUCGUGAGGGACUCGACGGGAGGACCAAGUGUUGUGAUGAUGAUAUAUGUGCUAAGGAGUCGAGUGUGAGUGAUGACAGUGAGAAGGUGGGCGACCGGAGGGUCACGGGCUCGUCGUGCACGGCCCUCCGGACCGCGGUGGCUGCUCUGUACCCGUUUGAUGACUUCAUCCUGGAGAAGAUUGGCUCUGGAUUCUUCUCCGAAGUUUUCAAAGUCACCCACAAAACGUCGGGCAAGGUGAUGGUGCUGAAGAUGAACCAGCAGCGGGCCAACCGGCCCAACAUGCUGCGCGAAGUGCAGCUCAUGAACAAACUGAAACAUCCUAACAUACUCGGGUUCAUGGGCGUUUGCGUGCACGAGGGGCAGCUCCAUGCGCUCACCGAGUACAUGGAGGGCGGGUCGCUCGAGCAGGUCAUCCUUGGCAUGCCGCCCGAGCCCCUCCCGCAGGCGGCGCGGGUGUCGCUAGCGGCUGACAUGGCCGCCGGUCUCGAGUACCUGCACUCGCUCGGGGUGUUCCAUCGCGACCUCACCGCCAAGAAUGUAUUAGUAAGAAAACACGGAGAAGGAGACUACACCGCAGUCGUGGCCGACUUCGGUCUCGCCGCUAAAAUACCUCAUCCAGUCAACGGCUACCGGCUGCCAAGCGUCGGCUCGCCCUGGUGGAUGUCGCCAGAGUGCCUGCGCGGGCGCUGGUACGACCACCGCUCCGACAUCUUCUCCUACGGCAUCAUACUGUGCCAGCUGAUCGCCAGGGUGGACGCCGAUCCGGACGUGCUCCCGCGCACGGACAAUUUCGGCCUCAACUACAUGGCGUUCGUAGAGCUGUGCGACGAAGAAACCGUGCCGGACUUCCUAAGGCUCGCCUUCAACUGUUGCAUCUACGAUCCUAAAGCGCGGCCGCUAUUCCCCGAGAUAGUGAGCAACCUCGCCGAGAUCAAGGAGAGCUUGGACGACGCGCCGUGGGGCCACGCACCCAAUAUCAGCUAUGAGAGCGAGGAAUCGGAUGCUUCAGGGCCACGGUCCUGCCCCGGGUUGUAUACGUGGCGCCCGCAGCGGCACCUGAGCCACGACCCGCUUCGGCAUACCCCACUUGACACCAUCCAGCACCGGCGCUCGCUGUCGGAGCUGGAGUGGGGCGCGCCGGGGCGGGGGCCGGGGCGGGGGGGGAGGGCGGCGCGCACCGCUCCGCCUCCGCGCUCCCCGCCGCCCGCGCGCGCGCGCCGCCCCGCCUCGCGCGCCUGCACCGCCUCGCGCACAUCAUGCUGCUGCGCGACCCGCCCCGCGGCAGGGGAGGCACCCCGCUGCACACCUUCCGCGGCGUCAACAAGAUCCUCGAGCACCCGCACUCCCGGGCCAGCGGUUUCUCAUCGUGCGUGGAGCUCCCGUCGCCGCUCGUGCGAGUAUCUGACGAGCCGGAGCUGGGUGAACAGCGGUGCGCUUCUUUACCGUCUUCGCCGGGACUGUCGCGGCGCGGCUCGCUGGAGCGGCCCGUGCAGCAGCAGCCACGCCCCAUCAAUAACACCGAGCUAUCCGAAGGCACGUUACUCGGCGCGGCGCGGCGGCGCGGGUCGUGCGAGUCGGGCAUCUUCUCCGUGGCCAACGAGGACCUGUGCGCCACGCACGCCGACUGCUUCUACAACGCCAUGUGCCCCUGCUCGCUCAUGGGCUGCCAGCGCUGCUGGUGGUGGCCGCGCCGCCGGCCCGAGCCGGCACCCGGCUCUGCGGAGGACGAGCUCGACUACCGCGAGCCGCCGCUGCGCAUGUGUGAGCACUGCCUUAUUAUCUACGACAGGCUCUUCAACGCGCGCGCCUACACGCGCCGCGCCCGGCUCCGCCAACUCCAGCCUCUUCGUACUCGACGAUUCCGCCCUCUCCACCACCACAGUCAGCUCGCUCCGCAGCCUAGACGACCUAGAAGAAGUCCCGUCCCGCGACGAACCCCAACCCAGGAGAAUUAUCGAGCACGACGCCUCGCCGUUCCUCUGCGGCAAGCUCGACUCCAACCGACCCGACUCCGACGCCUCCGAGACGCCGGAACCCCAGAAGGAGUACCACAUUCUAGAUAGAUGUUGCUGCGUCAGUCGCGCGAAGUGUAUAAGCGGCUGCGUCUCCCACAAACCUCUAGAUGACGACGAGUUGAGCUAUUUGCUUCAACGCGGGCCGCUCAUCAAUCAUCUACUAAAUUCCUCGUGCAAGAGAACCUCUAGUGUGUACACGGACAGUUCUGAAGAUGUGGCGUCGCUGGCGGGCUCGGAUAGCUUAUACUGCGACGAGAGGAUCCCGCGCCACGUGCGCUCGGCGCAGAUCUCCAAGAUCGUCGAGUACUUCGAGCGCAAGGGCGCCGACUUCAAGUGCGAUCGGACGUUCAAAAGUUCGCGGUUCAAAGUGAGCAACUUCGGCAAGGUCGAAAUGCUACAGUUUGCGAAGGGCAGGGAGGGCGAGCGCGGAGAGAAGGAGUACUUCGUGGACGUGAAGCACCGCGGGCUCGACGACGGCUGCGGCCGCAAGUGCGUGCAGCAGCGCCUCAUGAUCUGCGAGGGCGCCGUCAAGUCCAAGCUGCCCCUCUUCGACAAGAAGUCGUAGCGCCCGAGCGCCACACCCACGUGUCAAAUCGAUAGUGUUUCGAUACUUCCAUAGUGAUUACGGAUAAAUAUUUUUACUCUAUACACGGCGUUAUUGGAGUGAUGCAAGGCUAGUGCCGACGUUCCCGUCUACAUAUUCUAUAGAUACGACGUAUUGUGUUGAAAUCUGUUCGGCCGACGGCCCUACUGUUUCGAUUUUAUUUUGACGACUGAAUUAAAAGUAAGGUUUAGAAGGACGGUUGUAGAUUAGCUUUAGUGGAAAUAUUAGUUCGGGCGGAGCUUCUCGGUCGAUCCUGCGAUGGCCUAUUGUUACGCGAUAGUCUAUUAGUCUAAAUAUAUAUGGCAGCAUAUAAUCAUUGUUUUCUAAACGAAACGCAUUCUUUAUAGUUAUACAGUUUACAUAUAAAUUGGAGUUUUGUAAAUACGUUUAGGUUUAAUAUGUUUCAUUUAAACUUAUUUAUACACAGUAUUAUAUUAGUACUUGCCAGUUCAGAUAAUUAUAGUGUACAUAGAACCGUAACUGUUAAGAUUUAGCAACUGUCAUAAUAAUAAUUUUUGUACUUUUAAAGUGGCAGCAGUUUAAUAGAUUAUUUAGUAAUUUAAUCUUUUUAGCUUUUAAUAUACAUUACUUUACAAAAUUUAAUCGACAAAGUCAUAGAUUGAGUUAUUUAAAUUAAAGUUUUUUUUAUACAUUUGCUAAAUGGUUAUUUAAAAGUUCACCUAAGAACCGUUUAUGUCUCUUUCAAAUGCGUCUGGUGUGAGUAAGACUAAGACUUAUACAGACUUAUAAGUUAUAACAUUAUACAAAUCUGACACUGGUUUUUGUCCUGGUUUGUGUUGAACUAUUAGAGAAAAACGUGGCCCAAUACAUGUUUAAGUGGGUAUGGAUAUAAGAUCAACCGGGUCUGGUGACUGGUGGAUUAAAAGCGUCGUUUGAAGAUAUUUUAUAAACGAAAUACAAUAGAACUCUGAUAGUCGUAUAAUUUUAUAGUUUAGUGACCAUACUUCGAACGUAAAGGGUUACAAUAGUUCUAACAUGUUCCGUUUAGAAGAUAUCUUCAAAAGACGUAUUUAUUCUACCAGGCGCAAAAUUUGGCCUUACCAUAUUUUUCACCAGUUUUUUCCGUAAAAAUAGUAUUUUUGCCUAUACUAUAAGCAUUACGCCAGACGUACGAGAGAAUAUUUCGUAUACUUAUCCUAAAUUAACUAUAAAUCUAUCUAUAUCUACAGACACGUAACUAGUCUUCACACGCGUGUCAAAUAUCCGUCGAACUCUUAACGAACAAACAUAUUCUAAUAUAAUAUUAUUAUAUGUAUACAUAUAUAUAUUUGCGCUAAGCAGCUGCUAUAAAGGAGCGGUCAUUACAACUGUCGGGAAAUUCGGUGCCACUAAAAUAUUGACUUUACAAUAUUUUCGGUGAACCUACUUAAGUAUUCUUCUUUUCAUACCUUAACAUAAGUUACAAUCAUAUUAUUUAACCUUUUGGAUCACGGAAAACGCCCAAAGGUGUCUUAUCUUAGUCGUGCAAGCUUACAACGCAAUGGAUAACUACCCAUGUGUUGUAGCAUACCUACCAGUGGCGUGGCGUGAAAAUUUUCGUUGAUAAAGCCGGAGGGGUUUUCGGGAUCUGUUUAGU